AUGUCCCCGGGUUCUGCUACCCGUGUCACUUCCGCGGGUUCCCUAAGCUGCGACUUCAGUCGGCCAGGGAGCCCCGAGCGUCCACCCAGCCUCCCCACCGCGCUCUUGGCCCUCGACUCCUGUGCCUGGCAAGCAGCUCCCGUGUGUGCUCCCCGCUCUCGACUGGAGACACCUGCGCUUCCUUCCCCACCCUUCACCGCCCUUUUCGCUGCGGUUUCUCCCCUGCCUUUGGGAGCUCCGGAGCGGCAGCUGGAGGAGGAGCAGGGGAGGAGGGAGAGGACGAGGAGGAGUAGGGGCGGGGUGGGUGGGGAGAGACAGGGAGGGUGUGGACUGGCAGCCGCUCUGCAGCUGGUCGCCGGGGACCCGAUCCCUCCCUCGCGCCCGAGUGAUGGAGAGGAAGAGAUUCGCUUAGACACACACACGCGCACACAGCUGGGCACGUCUCCGGGAGGCAGCCGCCGGGGGCCGGGCGGCGGCCGUGACAGCACCAGCAGCGGGGAGCCGGGCGCCCACACAGCUUGGCAGAUCGGGAGGAAGCUGACUGCCCAAGGACCUGUCGCCGAGGACAGGAGGCUCUCCACGCGGCGCUCAGAGUCCGGGGCCGCGCCGGUGCCCGCGUGGGGCGAGGAGGAUGCUCACCUCCUCCCGCAGAGCUGCUGCGGGCCCCGGCACUGCGCGGACUCCGGCUCCCGCGGCCGGCCCUGUCGUGCCCGCGCCGCGGGAGCGCGCCCUGCCGUACCUGGCUCCAGCCUCCCGGGGAAGUGCAGGAAACGCGCCCUAAACUCCACUACUUCUCGCCCGCCUCCUCCCCUUCCCGGCUCCCCGCCCCGGACCUGGCCGCCGCCGCCGCCGCCCGCGCGUAGGGCCCGCCCGCCUCUGACUCUCACGCGCGCAAGCACAGCCCGGCUCGCCCGCUCCCAUUCAAGCCGACGCGCUCUCCGCAGAGCCGAAGCCCGGGCGUCCGAAACUACUGGACCCACUGCGGCCGGGACUGCAGGAGACGCCCUGUGGGCCGGCGCCACCCGCCGCGGGCCCCCGCGCCCCGGGCUCCCGCCCGCGCCGCCGCCGCCGCCGGGGACGUUGGUGAGCAGGGCGCGCUGCCCGCCUCGCACCGGGGAGGGGCUCUAG